UAUCGAACAUUCAACUCUGUCUUCCAUACAAAGUGGUCGUUACGCCUAAAUUGUAGGAUCGGAAUUUCACAUCUUUUAAAGAUUUUGAUACCUUUUUACAAAYAAUUCUAAAAAUAAUUCAAUAUGCGCGAAUGUAUCUCAAUUCAUGUCGGCCAAGCCGGUGUUCAGAUAGGCAAUGCUUGUUGGGAGUUGUACUGUCUUGAACAUGGAAUCCAGCCCGAUGGUCAGAUGCCGAGUGACAAGACGAUUGGUGGCGGCGACGACUCGUUCAACACUUUCUUCAGCGAGACAGGUGCAGGGAAACAUGUNCCUAGAGCAGUCUUCGUUGACCUUGAACCAACUGUUGUCGAUGAAGUAAGAACUGGAACCUACCGUCAGCUAUUUCAUCCCGAGCAGCUCAUCACUGGUAAAGAGGACGCGGCCAACAACUACGCCAGGGGUCACUAUACUAUUGGCAAAGAAAUCAUUGAUCUCGUGCUUGACAGAAUUCGCAAGCUGGUGACAAGAAAUUGUAUUAGUAUACAUAGCCCUUUAUAAGCAAACGUACAAAUGGGCAACGCUUGUUGGGAGUUGUACUGUCUUGAACAUGGAAUCCAGCCCGAUGGUCAGAUGCCGAGUGACAAGACGAUUGGUGGUGGCGACGACUCGUUCAACACUUUCUUCAGCGAGACAGGUGCAGGGAAACAUGUUCCUAGAGCAGUCUUCGUUGACCUUGAACCAACUGUUGUCGAUGAAGUAAGAACUGGAACCUACCGUUCACUUUUUCAUCCCGAGCAGCUCAUCACUGGUAAAGAGGACGCAGCCAACAACUACGCCAGGGGUCACUAUACUAUUGGCAAAGAAAUCAUUGAUCUCGUACUUGACAGAACUCGAAAGCUGGCUGAUCAAUGCACUGGUCUUCAAGGUUUUCUGAUCUUCCAUUCCUUUGGUGGAGGAACUGGCUCUGGAUUUUCCUCCCUUCUCUCAGAGCGCCUCUCUGUUGAUUAUGGAAAGAAGUCAAAACUUGAAUUUGCAAUCNAGUUUUGA